AUGUCGAAAUUUCACGAGUACCAGGUGGUCGGCCGUAAGCUCCCCUCUGAGAAGGAGCCCCAUCCCAAGCUCUACCGCAUGCGUGUGUUUGCUCCCAACACCGUUGUUGCCAAGUCCCGUUUCUGGUACUACUUGAAGAAGCUUCGCAAGGUCAAGAAGGCUGCUGGCGAAAUCGUCUCUGUCAACGAGAUCUUCGAGAAGCACCCUGAGCAAAUCAAGAACUUUGGUAUCUGGAUCCGCUACGAUUCUCGUUCCGGUACCCACAACAUGUACAAGGAAUACCGUUCCAUGUCCCGUGUUGAAGCUGUCGAGAACUGCUACCAAGAUAUGGCUGCUCGUCAUCGUGCUCGUUUCUCUUCGGUCCAAAUUAUGCGUGUUGCCGAAGUUAAGAGCGCUGAUAUUCGUCGCCAAUACGUCAAGCAGCUCUUGGUUCCCAAGCUUGCUUUCCCUCUUCCCCACCGCAUCCAGCGUGUCGACAAGUCCCAACGUCGCUUGUUCAUUGCCAAGAGACCCACCACCUUCUACUAA